GACGACUUGUUAGAUCUGCAAGUGGAUAAGAAAGCAUAUCUCACGUGACCGUGCUGUUCACACCGCAAAGCCGAAGCCACAGCGCUUGCAGCCAACUUCCUCCUUACGAAGAUGUGAAAGCGACAAUGUCAAUCGUGCAACGACCUCUGGUCAUCCAGUCGCAGUUAAUAAGACAAUACUGCCCACUCCAGACUCGCACAAGGAACGCUGGCAUUUCCCGCCGGCAGUUGCAUCAACAUCAUGGUCUCCGUACCAAAACGGUCACGGAUGAGGAUAUCAAGCGUCUGGCCUCCAGACCGCUACACCCACUGACUCUUGCAGACCUAGUUAAGCAUGGCCGCCCACCCCUCUCCGCACAGGCGCUCUUCAGCUCUGCCAACUUCACCCUCUCAACCCUUCCCACGCGCCUUGCCCACCGCAUCCAAUCCCUCCGAAACCUCCCAUUCAUAGUCGUCUCGAACCCGCAAAUCAAUAAAAUCCAUAACAAUUAUAUCCAUUCGCUAUCGACACUACUACCAUGGGCCGAACAGGAAAUUACCACUUUGGAGGACGAGAUCAAGUUCACGGAAGUGAUGGCGGAUCUCGUUCAGACCCACGCGAACACAAUAUCUAUCCUGGCACGGGGAUUCUUAGAAGCUAGGAAAUACAUCAGCCCGCGAGAAGUGACGCGAUUUCUGGACGAACACCUGCGCGCUCGAAUUGGCACGCGGCUGAUCGCUGAGCAGCAUAUUGCGUUGCACUUCUCUUCGCAACCACAUCGCGAGCUUUCACCUCACGAUGAUCCCUCGAGUCCUAGCACCAGCUGGAUUGGCGUCAUUGACACCAAACUCCGCCCGGCGAGCAUCGUUCGCCAUUGCGAGGCUACCGUCUCUGAGUUAUGCGAGCUCAAGUACGGUGUCCGUCCGCAUUUGACGAUUAACGGCGAGCCCGAGUACGCAUUCGCACAUGUGCCAGUACAUCUUGAAUACAUCAUCACAGAACUCCUCAAGAACGCCUUCCGCGCUACCGUCGAGCGUGGCAUGGAGCGCGAGCCCAUCGAGGUUACUAUCGCACCCUUACCGGAAGACCCCGUCUGCGAAGAGAACGAAAACACCCAGCACGCGCACGUUACAAACGCCGGUCAAGGCAAUGUUGAUGUUGCCUCCAAAUUCUUCACGGGUCAGGACGUGGCGGAUAAUGCGUCUGCGACCUUAUCUGAAACGAUUCGCCCGCUGGCACACUCGACGCCUGGAGUCACAAUCCGGAUUCGGGAUAGAGGAGGCGGAAUCUCUCCUGAAAAUUACGAGCACAUCUGGGAUUAUAGCUUCACCACGUUCAACGAGGACCAGAUCUCGAACUCGAUCUCUGGUGGAAAUCGAUCUAGCAGCGGGAUGGACGCCCUCAACGCAAUUUCGGGGGCUGGCGGAGACGGGGUAAACAGCCUUGCCGGGCUGGGUUAUGGCUUACCGCUUGGCAGAGCGUAUGCAGAAUACUUCGGCGGGGGUAUUGCAGUGCAGAGCAUGUGGGGAUGGGGCACAGAUGUUUAUCUGAGUCUGAGAGGUGUGGGCAUGCUUGAGUGAGAAGCGAAGGAUUUAUGGGUCAAUCCUCGAGGCGGGAAGACCUUGAGCUGCUACGAGGCUGAUUCGAGAAUCAAAAGAUCGAACUUCCAUGUACAGGACGGUGUCUCGCGCUCCUCUUAUGCCCAUGAUAGAUUUCUGUUACCAUGACGGUAGCGAGUGCUGAGUGCCGUGGUUUGGCGGGCAAAGUUCGUCGUUUCGUUUUGAAUAUUUGAUGCCGACAGGAUCCAAACAAUCGCUGCACUAAUGCGCUGGCUUUAAAGGAGUGGGAGUAAAAAGAAACAUUCAUGACGAGCUUCCGGGAUGCCACCGCCACGUGGACAUGGGGCGAAAAAGGCCCCCCAUUCGACUCACCUUGUCAAAUCUGGUUAGUAGAAUCAUCUAC